AGCGGAAGAUCAGCAGCAGCUCACUUGCAAUCGAUUUUAACUUCUCGCGCCAGCCUGAACGAAAUAGAACACUUUACUCAACGGAAAUAAUUCCAUCGCUCUCGUCGUUCACAAAAUUCUGUCGCACGAUCACGUGAAAUUAUUCGAUAGAUCAUAGCGGUGUUAACAUUAGCGGAUCGACUAAUACCAUAGAUAUCGAGUGAAAACAAAAAAGAACUAAAUGAAUAGAACCGUUCUAUUUUCUAUUAACGAGUGUUGCGAACAUCACGAACUUGAAAAUACAUUCGCGUGUUUCUACUCGUAGUUACGUCAGAAUAGUUAAUUUCCGUUCCAAUUUAAACCCUUCCAAUUUCAUCUGCAUCAUCAUCGGGGCAGUUCGUACAAGAUGUACUUUUACUUCCGACAAUUAUUCGUCCGUGUUAAUUUUCUGGCACCAAUUCGUUAACGCGGUUCGUAAAUCUCGAAAGUCGAACUAUUUUGAUCCUAUAUCAGAUUCAAAUCAACCCGAAUUACAAUCAAUUUAAAAAAAAAAAAAAAAAAAUAUCCAUUUCUUUUUAAAUUCUUCUUCGCCCCGUUGUCUUCUCUUUUUCUUGCUCUUUAAGUUUCGAUAAUUACAUGCAAAGCGGUAUCUGCACAUAGCGAUUAUGAAACAAACUUCUUUUGAAAAUUAGGAAAACCAUAUUUAAAAAGAAUUCCACUUGUUACUUUUUUUUUUUUUUUUGUAUUGUCAUCGUUGUUAUAUUGAACAUCUAUUUAUUGUCUGAAAGAUAUUUUGGCACCAGGUGGUAGUUGUUGCCAGACUUUCUCGCAGUUGAGACCGAUUUAGACGUACAAUGUGCUGGUUGAAAAUCCACGUAGUCAGUUACGUUUGCUGAUUUGAAUUUUUCUCUUUGAAGAAAUUAAUUGAAUUAAAAAAAGACAACAACAAUAACUCCGAAUGGUACGUAAAAAAUCGGUGAAUAACAUCGAGGUAACAGUGAUAACAAAGAGCAAUCGAACCGGGGCGAUAAGAAGGAGAGGAUAAAAAUUAGUCGCGAGUGAACCGAGAACCAAAAGGGUGGAAAAAACGAUCGAUAAAAAAAAAGAAGAAUUAAAAAACUGCACCGUUCCUGCCCAAUAAUUAACGCAAUAAUCGAAUACUCGAAGUGAUCAACGGUCGACCACAUGUCCAGUAGAGGUGUCGUUUCGGAAGACAGCGAAACAUUUCGCACGGGUCAUCCUCGAGGUCACGCAAAUUUUUUCAUCGAUUUAGAAGAUGAAGGUAGCGAGAGUCCGGUAUUCGGUUUGGAAGGCGGAGCCGCGGGAGUUGGAGGUGCGAUCGGUGGAAAUUCCCUGAGACUUUUGACCCCCCAUGAACUUCCAAAUGAAAUAUCAGCGCCGUACGAGGUUCCACAAUUUCCGAUUGAGCAGAUAGAAAAGAAAUUGCUCAUUCAGAGGCAACUGACCGUCAAAGCCGCGAAGGACCUGGAAGAGAGACGCAGUCAUUACGAACCUUCCCUCGCCCCAGGUGUACCGGAUGACGUCGAUCAUCCCUUCGGACUCGAGGAGAAUGAUUUCGUCCCGCAUUUUCAGCGAGUUUCAAUAUCCGGGGAGGAUACCUCCGGAGUACCUCUGGAGGAUUUACAGCAGGCGUCGCAGAUGCUUGUACAAGCUCUGGUAAUCAGAGAAAAAUAUAUGCAGAAUUCCAAGCAAACUUUUCCUUCCAUCACUUCGAGAUUCUUGCGGGGUGCAGAUAAACCGGCUCACAGCCUCGCCGAGGAAGUUGUACACGACGAUAGAAAACCCAUCGCAGAUCAUCCCGUUCACGCACCAGCGUCGCGAGGUGAUCCUUGGGAGUGCGAGUUUCCGCCUUCGAAGAAUUAUGUAAUAUCGCCCGUUAACGGAGUCUUCAAUCUCUACGCCAGUCCGGACGAUCUUCAAAAUGGCAAACCCGUUCCGUACACCUAUCCGGAUUUGUCUACAUUCGUCAGGGACAUGAACCUUUUAUGCGCCAUGAUCGCUGACGGGCCGCUGAAGUCGUUUUGCUACAGGAGAUUGAGUUAUCUGUCGUCGAAAUUCCAGCUUCACGUCUUAUUGAACGAAUUGAGGGAGCUUGCGAGCCAAAAAGCUGUUCCGCACAGGGAUUUUUACAACAUCAGAAAGGUGGACACUCACAUCCACGCGGCAUCCUGCAUGAAUCAGAAGCAUCUCCUUCGAUUCAUUAAAAAGACUUUGAAAAAUCACGCCGACGAAGUUGUGACGUGCGCAAAGAACGGGGAAACUAUGACGCUCAGAGAAGUCUUUCAGUCGAUGAACCUCACGACUUAUGACCUCACCGUGGACAUGCUCGACGUACACGCGGACAGAAACACCUUCCAUAGGUUCGAUAAGUUCAACGCCAAGUAUAAUCCGAUCGGAGAAAGUCGGCUGCGUGAGGUAUUUCUAAAAACCGAUAAUUAUUUGAAUGGGAAAUAUUUUGCGAGGAUAAUUAAGGAAGUAGCUAGUGACCUCGAAGAAUCAAAAUAUCAAAACGCCGAACUUCGACUCUCUAUUUACGGGAAGAACCCGGAGGAAUGGGACAAGUUGGCUAAAUGGGCUAUCCAAAGCGAUGUCUCCUCCGACAACGUACGCUGGCUCAUUCAGAUACCAAGACUUUUUGACAUCUUCAAACUGAACAAAUUGAUGACCAAUUUCCAAGAAAUUUUGAACAACAUAUUUUUACCACUCUUCGAGGUCACGAAUGAUCCAAACACCCAUCCGGAACUUCACAAAUUUUUACAAUAUGUUAUAGGCUUCGAUUCCGUGGACGAUGAGAGCAAACCGGAGAAUCCGUUGUUCGACAAGGAUGUCAACCCACCCGCGGAAUGGAAUGACAUCGAGAAUCCUCCCUACGGAUAUUAUCAAUACUAUACAUACGCUAACAUGACCGUACUCAACCAAUUUAGAGCAGAGCAAGGAUUGAACACGUUCGUCCUGCGACCUCACUGCGGCGAAGCGGGACCCAUUCAGCAUUUGGUCUGUGGUUUCAUGAUGGCUGAAAAUAUAUCGCACGGUCUUUUGUUGAGAAAGGUACCGGUGCUUCAGUAUCUCUAUUAUCUGGCACAAAUCGGGAUCGCCAUGUCUCCGCUCAGCAACAAUUCACUUUUUCUCAACUACCAUCGUAAUCCUUUGCCGGAAUACCUCGCGAGGGGAUUAUGCGUUAGCUUGUCGACGGACGACCCCCUUCAAUUUCACUUCACGAAGGAACCUCUGAUGGAAGAGUACAGCAUCGCAGCUCAAGUAUGGAAACUCAGUUCGUGCGACAUGUGCGAGCUGGCUCGUAAUUCGGUUAUCAUGAGUGGAUUCCCCCACAAGAGCAAACAAUACUGGCUGGGUCCUAAUUAUACCAAAGAAGGAGUCGCAGGUAACGAUAUAACGAGGACUAACGUUCCAGAUAUUCGCGUCGCGUAUCGUUACGAGACCUUGCUCGAUGAGCUUUCCAACAUCUUCAAGGUUGUGGAGAAACCUGAUGCAUUUUAGGCUUCUUCUCCCUCUUCCUCUCGAUAAUAACGUCUCGUCUUGACCGAAAUCUAAUUCCUCUGCCGAUGGUGUUGGUGAAAUUUGACGCAGUUCGUUCGAAAACUAUCGAUAAUAUUGCUUCCCCGCUCGUGUGAUCCUUCUAAGUAAUAUAUAACCUAUCCACAUAUAUCGAACCUUCUGAUAACGAAAGCGGAAUGCUUAUUUGUCCCAUAGACGACGUUCUCGUACUUAAAGUCUCUAUGGGAUUCUUACACUUUGCCAACGAUAUUUAUACUAAAUUAGUUGACGUAAAAGAAAAACCCAGCGGUGAUUUUUCUCUACAUAUAAUCGUUGCUGAAACAUUCGACAUAUUCAUCGCCGGAUAACACCAAAUAAUAUUUUCAUUUUUCAAAUUCUCUUUUUCAAUAGAAAAAUGGUAACGACCAGUGAUAAUCUCUUCAAAGAAGGUCCGUCUUCCGGCAUUCUCACUACUCGGGUAUUACAGGAAUCUUGGUAUACGUUAGAUCGAUACUUUGUUGACCGAUAAAUCAUCCAAAUAUUCUCCGUUUUUAUCUUUUCAAUAAAUUCCCUAUAUAUUCUGAAAGAAAAAGUUGCGCCUUUUCCAAUGUAUUACGCCUACGUAGCUUUACGCUCGAAAAAUUCUCAUCCGAUGAAAAAAUUUUCUGUCAGACCUAGCUUUUCUGAAUUCCUAUGAACUUGAUGAAAAAUGAUCACAUUAUAAUAAAUUCGUAAAGGAGAUAUGAAAGAAAUCCAAGAAUUCCCCGUAACUUGAAUUAAAAAAAAAAAGAGCAAAAAAAAGCUUAGUGAUUAGAAAAUUUUGCAACAACAUUGACCAAUUUUAAUAAUAGCGCUUAGACAAAACCAAAUGAGUUGGAAAAAAAAAAAAAAAAAAAAAAAAUUCUUUCCUGUCAAUACAACGUAGAUCGUAGAAUUUUAUUUGAGUUUGUUCGGUUACGAACUAAUAAACUCACGUUUAUCUCCAUGAACGGUAUUAUAAUGUAAAGUUUAGGGGAUAGAGCGGCUUGCCGAGUUAAUUGCGAGCUCGAAGCGUUACUUGAAUUUGAUAAUUUCUCUUCUAUUUUUAUACGUUUUUACCCUAAUCACGUAUGACAUUUGGUUGUAUUUUAGCAGAUGGUAGUUUUUCUCUCUUCUUCUUUUACUCUUACGUCGUUCGUUUCCAAAAAUAUCUGAGGAAUAUCUCAUCAGCUGUAGAACUAUGUUCGCAUCGUUUUUCCGUCGCUUUUAUUUCACCUCUAACGAAGAAACGGAGCAGUUAUUCGUUGCAGUAGUGAAACAAUUAAAUUUACUGCAAUGCCAUUUCGAGUUGAUCUUAUGUUCGACCGGCAUUAUAUUGACAUCGUUGAUGUGUAGUUAUCUUCUGUUCUUCUAGCUUAGAAAAAGAAUACUUUCAAAUCGCGAUGAGAUAAUUCCCUGGCCUCGAACAGAGUUCAUUAGAUAUGGCCACUCGUUGGUCGAGCUAUUCGUUAAAUCUAAGGAUGUGAUAUUUAAUGGUUUAGUAAAAUUAUUGUCAAAUUGAUAGAAAAGAAUUUAUUUAUUGUAUAAAACAUAUAUUGUAUAAAAAAAUAUAUCUCUAUUGUUGAACCGUGA